AUGAAGUUUUUCUAUUCUGCAUUGGCCUUUGCGCCACACGUUUUCGCUGCCCUCACUUACAAAGGAGUCGACUGGUCGUCUGUUACUGUUGAGGAACAAACUGGUUACACUUACAAAAAUGCCGCUGGUAAUACACAAGCCCUCGAGACAGUCUUGGCUGCUUCAGGCGUCAACACUGUGAGACAAAGAGUAUGGGUUAACCCAUCAAAUGGCCAAUACAACUUGGCCUACAACUUGGCGCUUGCCAAACGUGCCAAGGCUGCCGGUUUAAGUAUCUACCUCGAUCUACAUUUCAGUGAUACUUGGGCCGAUCCAAGUCAUCAGGGCAUCCCCUCAGGCUGGCCCACCGAUACCAUCGGUAACCUUGCCUGGGAAGUCUACAACUACACUCUCGCCGUCUCAGAUGCCUUCGCCAGCGCCGGCAUCUCCCCAGCCAUCAUUUCCAUCGGCAACGAAAUCCGCGCCGGACUCCUCUGGCCCAUAGGCACCACCUCAAGCUACUACAACAUAGCCUCUCUUCUCCACUCUGCCUCUGCCGGCAUCAAAGACUCCACCCUCAGCACCCAACCCAAAAUCAUGAUUCAUCUCGACAACGGCUGGGACUGGUCCGCCCAACAAUAUUUCUACAAAACCGUGCUUGCAGCCGGUCCUUUAGUAUCCAUCGAUUUCGACAUGAUGGGCGUCUCCUACUACCCCUUCUAUUCGUCCUCCGCCACCCUCGCCAACCUCAAAACAUCCCUUACAAACAUGGCUUCAACCUGGGGUAAACAACUCAUAGUCGCCGAAACAGAUUGGCCAUACGCAUGUCCAUCCCCCGCAUACAAAUUUCCCUCGGACGCAAAAGCUAUUCCUAUAUCCGCAGCAGGCCAGUCAACAUGGAUUAAAAAUGUCGCGGCGGUUGUAGCGGGUGUUAAGGGUGGAGCUGGGCUGUUCUAUUGGGAACCUGCUUGGAUCAAUAAUGCUAAUUUGGGAAGCAGUUGUUCUGACAACUUGCUUUUUGGUACGAAUGGGGCUGCGAGAUCGAGUUUAUCGGCUUUUGCUGGUAUCUAA